GUGGAGUCGGUGUUGUCCAAAAGAAUUUUAAAAAUAGAAGAAACCAAUACAUAUUUCAUCACAACUUCUCCUGGGCAUUUUUUUCCAUGUGGUUGGGAAUUAUUUCUCUCACCCAUCACCUUUGACUGACAAAUACAUUCAGUGCCAAGACUUUCAUCAUCUGAUGGUCUGUUUCAGGCAGAUUACAAUAUUUGAAGGACGUCACCGUGGUACUGACCUUUGGUACUUUUCAGGUAACAAUUUGCUUCAGUCUUUCAAGUGCGAUCGCACAUCACAGCAGGUCACGUGCUCACCGCUGUUGUCCUCACCCAUGAAUAAUUUACCCGACCAUAUCAAUGGUGCUUCCUCACUUUUUUUUCUCUGCCUCACUCGCUUGGUUGCUCUUUCUAUGAACACAACUAAUGACGAGUAACUAAUAGACAACAUUAAAGAGGUAAACAAAGGCAAGGAGAGGCUGUGUACUUUUACUCUACAGAUCUUUGUUGGUCUGUGGACGAGGCUGACACUGACCAAAUACAGGACAAAUGGCUGAGGCAGUACUGUCCACGGUUUGAAUGGAAAAAUAAUCCCAGGAGAGAAGGUUUUUUUUUUUUUUCCAUUUCAGCUGCAGUUUUUUGUUGUUGUUGUUUUGAGUUUUAUAUUUAACUUCUUUUGGUCAAAAUGUCUGGAGCCAACAGUGACCAUCUGCACAGAUCCACCUUGACUGUCUAUACGAAUCUGAUGGAGCACUUUAACCCAGGCCUUCAGAAGCUUGCUGCUCUAGGAAACAGUUAUGUGAAAGCUUUUCAAGCACUAGCUGUUUGCAGUGAAGCCUACUUCAGCGCCGUGGCUAAGAUGGGCGACCAGGCUCUUCACACGCUCUCAUCUCGCUCUCUUGGAGAUGUACUGAUCCAAAUAUCAGAGACACAGAGAAGACUGACUGCAGAGAUGGAGGGAUUGUUUAAAUGGUUCCAGAUUGAGGUGCUUCAGGCCAUGGAGAAGAAUGUGAAGUUGGACCAGGAGUACAUUGAUGGAAGUCGCAGAGUUUAUGAGAUUGAGGUACGAAACCAGGCCGAGGCGCUGGAGAAGCAGCUCAGACAAGGAACCUUCAGAGAUUCUCUGGAGAAUAGUGACUACAUGGUUUACCUGAGGCAGAGCCAGCAGGAGAUCCUGAGGGAAGAGGAGCGAAGGUAUCGCUUCUUGGCAGAGAAACACUGUGGUCUAACGCAGUCGCUGCUCUUUCUGAUAAACAAGAGAAUCCUGGUCACUUUACGAGAGGCCGUUCUGUUUCUGAUCCUCUGUCGUCAGACUGGUUCAUCUCUUCUACAAAAAGCAGACGGAUGGAAGAACAAAGUGAACGAUACCAGAGGGUCCAGACCUCUGACCCCAAACCACUUGGACCAAGAAGCACAGCUCCGCGGCUCAGUAAGCUCUCUACUGCAGACAGUGGCCCGGGAUGAGGAUAUGUCCUGGGCCAGAAGAGAGCAACUGGCACUGGGCAGAGUGCCCUCUAGAGCACCGUCUCCUAUCCCGAGCCGCUCUCGCUCCAGCUCAGUGGGCGAAUCUCUGGGUCUGCCUGAAGGAAGAGCAAUGAGAGCCCUGGUUUCUCAUCCGACCUCAUCCAACCCAAAGCUUUUGCCCUUCAACAGAGGAGAAACCAUCACUGUCCUGGUCCAGGAACCACGCAAUGGCUGGCUGUAUGGACGCACAGACAGCAACUUACGUCAAGGCUGGUUCCCCGCUGUUUAUGUGGUGUCCUUAGAAGAGUUCUCCAACUCCUCAGCAGCCAGUGCUGCUGCUGUGAGAAGCCACAGUACGAACAAUCUCCUCGACCCCACCGAUGCCUACAGUGAACAAACUGAAAACAGAACCUACGGAGACGCGACGCCUUCUGCCACGUCCAAUCGCAGAGCUUCUGUGGACGUCAGGCCGAGCUCCCCUGCACCUGAGAAAAGGUCAGAUCCAGCGUCGGAGCUAAAGCCGAGUCAAACCAAGAGCUACAAUGAACAUCCGCCUCCACCGCCCCCGCCACCUCCUCUUCCUUCAUCCUCCACGUUCCCGUCUCAGAGUGUCAGGAGGGGUUCUGUAGAUUUUAGACCCGUCUCUCCCCACCCUGACAAAAAGAGUGAAUUAGGAUCUGACGUCCAGGGUUUGUCACCGCAGGGCCCAUCUGAAAACCGUCUGUUUCCAAGAGGCACCAACCCAUUUGCCACAGUAAAGCUUCGCCCUACGACGACCGAUGACAGAUCAUCUCCUCGGAUUCACUGACAGUCAGCAGCAGUGCAGGCGGUGUCUGUCACUGAGGACCAGAUCAGGUUGAAAGGGAGGGAAUGUAUUUGUGUUUGUAAGGGAUGUAAACGCAGCGCUCAGAUGUGAGGCUCUGGGUCAGAAAAGAAUAGAGAGAGUAUUGAUAUGUGUACAGUAUUAGGGAACACAAGUAGUAUCUGGUACCACAUGAAGUACUGCUGUAGGACUUUUUAGUUUUUGAAGCCGCUGUCAUACACUUCUAACUUCCUGUUUGUCGCUGCUGUCAUCGUCACCGCAACUCAG